GCUUUCUCGGAGCGCUCACACGGUGCCUCAGAGAGAGUUUCAAACAGCUGUUGCACUUCAACCGGUCAGUGAUGGUUAUAGGCCAUUAAACCAGGUUCAUUGUCAGAGUUCUCCACACUGGCGAUGAGCUCCUUUUCUGAUCCUGUUCUGGAAUCAGGAUCUCCGAUCCUGCAACAAGCAAAGGGUGUAGAGCGUGAGGAGGUGCCACCGCUAUACCCGGCGCUCUAUAACUCCUCUUUGGGGAUAGACAGAGGAGCAGUUUGUAUCCCUUCUCCAUAUGCAGAUAACGGUAAUAAAGAGUAUAGCCAUGCCGAGUUAGGAGCGUUAGCCUUUUACAGAUCCUCUGUGCCUGAGCACCCAGCAAUGGCGCCGCCACUUAGCCCAUCGAUCUUCUGGCCCUCACACAACAUGCAUUCCUUGCCCUCUCACACCUUGCACUGCCCAUCAGCGCUGGCAUACACUGAGCCACCCACACAUACAGCCUGGGGUGAGGCCAAAAUGCACACACCUGGAAGAAGCAGUUCUUUUCCAUCUCAUGGAAAGCUUUACGCAAAGCCACUAGAAGACAGUGAGGAAGCUUUGAGCUCUUCUUCCUCCUCGGGUGUUGUGUCAAAAAGUGACAUGCACUUCUGUGUUGUGUGCCAUGAUUACGCUUCAGGAUACCAUUAUGGUGUCUGGUCCUGCGAGGGCUGCAAGGCUUUCUUUAAAAGAAGCAUUCAAGGUCACAAUGACUAUAUCUGCCCAGCCACUAACCAGUGUACAAUAGACAAGAACCGUCGCAAGAGCUGUCAAGCCUGCCGCCUGCGCAAGUGCUAUGAAGUGGGCAUGAUGAAGUGUGGAGUAAGACGAGAAAGGUGUGGUUAUCGGGGCACCCGUCACCGGCGUGCGCAACAGAUCAAAGACGGCUCAGCUGGACCUGCUGGCGUCAAAAGUCAUGCCCAGCAAAAUCAUCGGGCUCCACUCCAUCUCUCACUAUCGCUCCCAGAUCCCCGGGUUUCACUGGAGAGCCGCAUUUUAGGUUUAUCCCCUGAGAAGCUGGUGCAGUGCAUCCUGGAGGCUGAGCCACCACAAAUCUACCUGAAACAACCGAUGAAAAAACCAUACACAGAGAGCAGCGUAAUGAUGUCACUGACACACCUCGCCGACAAGGAACUGGUCCUUAUGAUCAGCUGGGCCAAGAAGAUCCCAGGUUUCGUGGAGCUGAGUUUGUCCCAUCAGGUGCACCUGUUAGAGUGUUGCUGGUUGGAGGUGCUCAUGCUUGGCCUAAUGUGGAGAUCUGUAGACCACCCUGGGAAUCUCAUCUUCUCUCCGGAUCUUAAACUCAGCCGGGAGGAAUGGAGCUGUGUAGAGGGAAUUAUGGAGAUCUUCGACAUGCUCUUGGCUGGCUCUUCAAGAUUCAGAGAGCUGAAACUGCAGAAGGAGGAGUACGUUUGCCUCAAAGCGCUCAUCCUGCUCAACUCCAACAUGACAUCCCCAGAGUGCGAGGAGGAACUGGAGAGCCGGACGAAGCUGCUGCGGCUGCUGGAUGAUGUGACUGAUGCACUGGUGUGGGCCAUUUCCAAAACAGGCCUGUCCAUGCAGCAACAAUCUGCUCGUCUUGCUCACCUACUAAUGCUGCUCUCACACAUCCGACAUCUUAGCAACAAAGGCAUGGAGCACCUUUCCAGUAUGAAGAGGAAGAAUGUAGUCUUAUUGUAUGACCUGCUGCUGGAGAUGCUUGAUGCAAACACAGCUCAAAACAAACGUCUGUCUGGAAGCCACUCUGACCCUGUAGUUACGAUCCCAGCAACCCCACCAAUCACACAACCCACCUCCCGGAUCCAAAGUCCAAUUACACACCAGCUUACACACAGAGAGGAAUCACAGGGGGACGAGCACAGCCCUGAGAGGAGGACCGUUGGUGUAGUGCAGCAUAGGGUAGAAGGAGCGAGCGAAGUUGUUGGAAAGGGUGCAGCUGUAGUCGUCCUCCGAAUGUGGUACCAGGCACGUCAGCAUCAGCAGCAGCAAAAAGAGCAGGUGUAAAGGAAAUGCAGCCCGAAGAACCCGGUACAGAAAUGGUCUGUGUGCAGAAACAUUCGUGUUCUGUCCCCUGGAGAUCAAAACGAACAGGAAAGAAGAAAAAAUAAACAGGUCAGAGAAAGCAAAAUGAGCCUUAGAGGUAGGACACAUUCAAAAUGUUUUAAAUGUUUUUUUCAUGAUUCAUGGUACAAAAACGCUGCCUUUUAAAAGUCUGUACAACACUACCAGUAAAACUACCAAUAAAACACAGCCAGUAAAACAGUACCAGUAAAUCUUGCCAAGUGCUUGUUACUGUGAGUUAGACCUACAGUACAUGUCUACCUGUCUACAAGUCUGUCUGUGAUAUUAAAAAAGUAUCUCAGUAAGUAACUCAGGUAAACCACAUUUUGACAUCUUUUAUCACAAUAUUUUGAUACAGUGAUAUCUUAAAAAAAGUUUUGGACUUCCCUAUUAUCAAAUUUCAUGUGUUGUUGAUUGAAAAGUGAAGAAAUAUAAACACAUUCUGGACAAAAAAAAAAACCAAAUGUGGUGAUUUUCUGCUAAUUUAGGUGCAAACUUUUGCACAAGACACAUUUUAUUUUUUCCAAUAUGAUACAUUUUGCAAAUAAACACUUGCUGCUGGAGCCUAUGCCAGUUUUUCAAUGGGAGCAAGGCACACAGUAACACCCUGGACGGGGCACCAGUCCAUCGCAGGGCAAUUCAGGGUCUCCAAUUAACCUGACUGCAUCUUUUUGGACUGUGGAAGGAAACCGGAGCUCCCGGAGAAAACCCACGCAGACACGGGGAGAACAUGCAAACUACACAGAAAGGACCUGGAACGCCCCGCCUGGAGAUCAAACCCAGGACCUUCUUGCUGUGAGGUGACAGUGCUACCCACUUAGCCACCGUGCCGCUUUAUCCUAGUCAGGUUCGCCAAUCCAUUGCAGGCCUUCAGCCACCACCUUUUUAGGCACUGAAUAAAAAAAUACAUUUUUUAAUGUUUGGGGAGCUGCAAAAUCUCCUGAUGUGUAAAUAUUCAGCGCUAAGCAAAACCCCUGAUUUAUUACGUCUGGCUGCACUUAGUUCUCUGCAAAUGUAAAAACUGGAUUACAUGUUCCAGUCAUUUAUGUAUUCCCUACACACACACGCCCCACAUGCAAACUGUCGAUACGUACGUCACACUUUUAGGAGGUCUCAUUUCAACAGGCCUCGUCUCCUACAAAACAGAAGUGAGGAAACAAGUCAGCAUUUUUCAGAGACACAAGGAACUCAUCACAAAGCUGUUUCCCUUUUUUGAUGAUCGUUCUCUGUAAGGUACCUUGUCUGUUAGAGCAGAGACUCCUGCUGCACUUCUCACAUCACUGCCAUCUACUGAUGAACCUUCACUUUCCUGCAACACAAAUGCACAUUCACUUUUUUAUUACAACCAUUUGUUUCUGUUUUUAAUCUCCAUGCUAAUUAAUCUAACCUCAAGCAACAUGCUGCUAUUUUAUAAAAUUUACUCUUAAUAAACUACCCUUUGGAAUGCACUUAGCCUUUCGCUUUGCUGUUUUUUUUCUCUGCCAGUGUUUGAGUAACAUUCAGAUUAGGGCUGGGCGAUUUUA